GGGCUUGGUGAGGGAGAGAGAGAGAGAGACAGUGUUCUGAGAAAGAGGGAGAGAGCAGAAGGCUUUGUUUACUUAUGCAGUGCACCGUGGCUAGCUCAAACAAGGUGUGAGUGUGCGCGCAAAACACGCACACUCAUUUUGGAGGGAAGGCUGAAGAUCGAGAGCGAAGGCAGAAGUUUAGGAGAGAAGAAAGGAGAGUGGCUAGGUCUGUAUAGGAGGAAGGAGCGAACGAGGUGAAAGAAGAGGAACAGUCUGUUCUUUCUUUGUCCUUUUUUGUCCUCAUUUUAUCCUCCUCUGGGUUUUUGCGGUGAAGAAAGGAAAUUAGAGAAGAGAAGAGAAGGAGAGUUUUUGGAGACAGCAUGGUGCGGCGUAGUGCACUCAGAGGAAACGCAUGCAAACUUGUGGACGUGUUGAUUCUGGCGAGUGAACCUGCGCGCAACCUGCUCUAAAACCGGACUCGUGCAUCUGGACAGACCUGCAAAUUCUGCUCUGAAUUUCCUCACCUGUUUUGGCUUUGUUUCUUUUCUUUUUUUUCUUUUUUUGGAAAGUUUUUUCAGUUUUUCAGUUGGCAAUUGGCUGGCCAAGUCCUAGCAUGCCCUGAGCCCUCACUGUCUUUUAACGGAUCUGAUUAUUCAUAUUGGGAGCAAGUUAUUGUGUGAGCGACUGUAAGCGUGAAAGGGGGGAAAAACAGAGAGAGAGAUGGAGUACGGGCGGUUGGAGAGGGAGACUGGUCCCCCUCCCUCUGCCUUCGUCAACCAGGUGCAGUACUCCAACAUCCUGGAGGGCCGUUUCAAACAGCUGCAAGAUGAGCGAGAGGCUGUACAGAAGAAGACCUUCACUAAGUGGGUGAACUCCCACCUGGGCCGUGUGACGUGCAGGAUCAGCGAUCUGUACACGGACCUGCGCGAUGGACGCAUGCUCAUCCGACUGCUCGAGGUGCUCUCCUCUGAGCAACUGCCGAAGCCCACUAAAGGUCGGAUGAGGAUCCACUGUCUGGAGAACGUGGAUAAAGCACUGCAGUUCCUCAAGGAGCAGAAGGUCCAUCUGGAGAACAUGGGUUCUCACGACAUCGUCGACGGCAACCACCGCCUCACUCUCGGCCUCAUCUGGACCAUCAUCCUGCGCUUCCAGAUUCAGGACAUCAGCGUGGAGACAGAGGACAACAAGGAGAAGAAAUCCGCCAAAGACGCCUUACUGCUGUGGUGCCAGAUGAAGACAGCUGGGUACCCGAAUGUCAACGUGCACAAUUUCACCACCAGCUGGAGAGACGGCCUGGCGUUCAAUGCCAUCGUGCACAAACACAGGCCGGAUCUGAUCGAGUUCGACACGCUGAAGCGCUCUAACGCUCACUACAACCUGCAGAACGCCUUCAACAUCGCCGAGAAAGAGAUGGGGCUCACCAAACUGCUGGAUCCUGAGGAUGUGAAUGUGGAUCAGCCAGAUGAGAAGUCGAUCAUCACAUAUGUGGCCACGUAUUACCACUACUUCAGCAAGAUGAAGGCACUCGCCGUGGAGGGCAAGCGAAUUGGCAAGGUGCUGGACUACGCGAUCGAGGCAGACCAGCUGAUUGAGAAGUACGAGACGUUGGCCUCGGAGCUGCUGCAGUGGAUCGAGCAGACCAUCGUUACACUCAACGACCGGCAGCUCGCCAACUCCCUGAGCGCCGUGCAGAACCAGCUGCAGGCCUUCAACACCUACCGCACUGUGGAGAAACCACCCAAAUUCACAGAGAAGGGGAAUUUGGAGGUUCUCCUGUUCACCAUUCAGAGCAAAAUGAGGGCCAACAACCAGAAAGUCUACAUGCCUCGAGAGGGAAAACUCAUUUCCGACAUCAACAAGGCGUGGGAGCGGCUGGAGAAGGCGGAGCAUGAGCGAGAGCUGGCUCUGAGGAACGAGCUGAUUCGCCAGGAGAAGCUGGAGAUGCUGGCGGCACGAUUCGACCGCAAAGCCGCCAUGAGGGAGACGUGGCUCAGCGAGAACCAGCGUCUCGUCUCGCAGGACAACUUUGGAUACGAUCUUGGCGCCGUGGAAGCGGCCACACGCAAGCACGAGGCCAUCGAGACGGACAUCGGCGCGUACGGAGAGCGAGUGGCUGCCGUGGAAGCCGUGGCCCGUGAGCUUGAAGCGGAGGGAUACCAUGACGUGCGGCGUAUCCUGGCGCGCCGGGACAACGUGCUGCGUCUCUGGGAGUACCUGAAGGAGCUGCUCACAGCCAGGCGUGAAAGACUCAUGGCACACCGCGACCUGCAGAGACUCCUGCAAGAGAUGAGACACAUUAUGGACUGGAUGGAAGACAUGAAGGGUCGUCUGCAGUCACAAGACAGCGGGAAACACCUUCACGACGUGGAGGACUUGCUCCAGAAACACACACUGGUGGAGGCAGACAUAUCAGCCCAGGCGGAGAGGAUUCGGGUGGUGCAGACCGCAGCGAAUCGCUUCACCUCCGACGAAAUGACCUAUAAGCCGUGUGAGCCGGCGCUGGUGGAGGAGAAGGUGGCGCUCCUGGGCCAGGCGUACGAAGAGCUGGGCAGGCUGGCAGCCGAGCGACGCGCACAGCUGGAGGAAUCGCGGCGUCUCUGGCAGCUGCUGUGGGAGCUUGGUGAGGAGGCAGCAUGGAUGCGUGAACAGGAGCAGAUCAUGGCGACGGAGGAGUGCGGGAAGGAUCUGUCCUCUGCCCUACGCCUCCUCUCCAAACACGAGGCAUUCCGUGACGAGAUGGCCGCCCGCUACGGCCCGCUGGGGAACAGCAUCGCCUCCGGAGAGCAGCUGGUAAAGGAGGGGCACUGUGGAGCACCUGAGAUCACAGAGAGGAUCAAAGAGAUCAAAGCUCAGUGGGAGCGACUGGAAGAGGCAUCUCGUUUGCGAGAGCAGCGUCUGAAGGAAUCUGUAGCUUUCCACCAGUUCCAGACUGACGCCAACGAUAUGGAGGCCUGGCUCCAGGACGCUUUCAGACAGGUGUCCAGUCAGGAGGUCGGCCAUGAUGAGUACUCUACACAGACGUUGGCACGGAAACAGAAGGAGGUAGAGGAGGAGAUCCAGAGCCAUCGCCCUCUGAUCGACUCACUGCACGAGCAGGCUCAAACACUGCCUUCAGAAUACGCCCAGUCUCCACAGGUGGAGGGUCGUCUCCCUGCUAUAGAGCAGCGCUAUGAGGAGUUGAAGGCUCUGUCCUCAGCACGCCGCGAUGCCCUGGAGGGGGCUCUGGCUCUGUACCGGAUGUACAGCGAGGCCGACGCCUGCCAGCUGUGGAUCGGAGAGAAGGAACAGUGGCUUCUCACCAUGGAGAUCCCCUCCAAACUCGAGGACCUGGAGGUGGUCCAGCAGAGGUUCGAAACUCUGGAGCCGGAGAUGAAUAAUCUUGGCUCUCGCAUCGCUGAUGUGAAUCAGGUCGCUGAACAGCUGCUCAAAUCCGACAACCGCAACAAGGAGCAAAUUAACCAGACUCAGGACCAGCUCAAUGACAGGUGGCGUGAGUUCCAGCGGCUGGCGGAUGAAAGGAAGCAGGCUCUGGAAUCAGCUCUGAACAUCCAGAACUACCACUUGGAGUGUAACGAGCUCCAGAGCUGGAUGAAGGAGAAGACUAAAGUGAUCGAGUCCACUCAGGGUCUCGGCAACGACCUGGCCGGGGUCAUGGCCUUACAGCGCAAGCUCACGGGCAUGGAGAGAGACCUGGAGGCCAUACAGGGGAAGCUGGGCGGCCAGCGUGCCGAGGCUGAGAACUUGGCGUCCGAGCACCCCGAGCAGGCCGAGGAGAUCCAGGCGCGGCUGGCCGACAUGGAGGAGGAGUGGGAGGAGCUGUGCAGCACCAUGAAGAAGCGCGAGGAGGGUCUGGGCGAGGCUUCCAAGCUACAGGGCUUCCUGCGCCACCUUGAUGAUUUCCAGGCCUGGCUUUCACGCACGCAGACCGCCGUGGCCUCCGAGGACACGCCCACCUCGCUCGCCGAGGCGGAGCAACUCCUGGCUCAGCACGACGCCAUCAAGAACGAGGUGGACAACUACCGCGAUGACUACGAGAGGAUCAAGGCCACUGGCGCGGAGGUGACCCAGGGCCAGACGGACGCUCAGUACAUGUUUCUGGCGCAGCGGCUGCAGGCUCUGGACACGGGCUGGCAGGAUCUGCGCAGGAUGUGGGAGAGCAGACAGUGCCUGCUGGCCCAGGCCUUCGACUUCCAGACCUUCCUCAGAGACGCCAAGCAGGCAGAGAGCUUCCUCAACAGCCAGGAGUACGUUCUAUCUCACACCGAGAUGCCGUCGAGCCUGCAGGGGGCGCUGGAGGCCAUCAAGAAGCACGAGGACUUCCUCACCACCAUGGAGGCCAGCGAGGAAAAGAUCAACGGCGUAGUGGAGUCUGGGCGGCGCCUCGUAUCCGACGGCAACGCUAACGCCGACAAGAUUCAGGAGAAAGCCGACUCCAUUGAGGAGAGGCACCAGAAGAACAAACAGGCUGCUAAUGAGCUGCUGGGGAAACUGAAGGAUAACAGAGAGCUACAGCACUUCCUUCAGGACGGACAGGAGCUGACUCUGUGGAUUAAUGAGAAGAUGUUGACAGCUCAGGACAUGACGUACGACGAGGCCAGGAACCUGCACAGCAAGUGGCAGAAACACCAAGCCUUCAUGGCCGAGCUCGCCUCCAACAAGGACUGGCUGGACAAAAUCGAUAAGGAGGGUCAGGCUCUGGUGAAGGAGAAGCCCGAGCUGGAGGAGACGGUGUCCGAGACCCUGCGUGAGCUGCAGAAGCAGUGGGAUUUGUUAGAGACCACCACACAGACCAAAGCGCAGUGUCUGUUCGACGCCAACCGCGCCGAGCUCUUCACCCAGAGCUGCUCGGCUCUCGACACGUGGCUGCAGAACCUCUCCUCACAGCUGCAGAGCGACGACUUCGGCAAGGACCUGACCAGCGUCAACAUCCUGCUCAAGAAACACCAGAUGCUGGAGCACCAGAUGGAGGUGCGGGAGAAGGAGGUGCAGUCUCUGCAGUCGCAGGCUCUGGCCCUGUCUCAGGAGGAUGCCGGGAUCGCGGAGGUGGACGGGCAGCAGAGGAGAGUGAUAGACACCUUCGCUCAGCUCCAGGAUCCUCUCAAUCAGAGACGAAAACACCUGCUCGCAUCUAAAGAGGCCCACCAGUUCAACAGAGACCUGGAGGAUGAGAUAUUGUGGGUGAAGGAGAGAAUGCCGCUGGCUACGUCCACAGAUCACGGCAAAGACCUGCCCAGCGUUCAGCUGCUCAUCAAAAAGAACCAGACGCUGCAGAAGGAGAUUCAGGGCCACCAGCCUCGCAUUGACGACCUGCAGGCCCACGGGCGCAACAUGGCCCCCGGCCACGGGACAGAGGUGGGUGGGGAGCGGCAGGCGGUGCUGGACGAGCGUCUGAACGAGCUCGGGGAGCUGUGGGCGCGGCUCAUCUCCGAGACAGAGCAGAGACACACACGUUUAGUGGAGGCCCAUCGCGCUCAGCAGUUCUACGCAGACGCUGCAGAGGCCGAGGCCUGGAUGGGAGAGCAGGAGCUGCACAUGAUGUCCGAAGAGAAGGCCAAGGAUGAGCAGAGCGCUUUGGUAAUGGUAAAGAAGCACCAGAUCCUAGAGCAGGCGCUGGAGGAUUACGCUCAGACCAUCCACCAGCUGGCCAACAGCAGCAGACUCAUGGUGGACGGUGAACAUCCUGAGAGUGAGCGGAUCACGCUGAGGCAGGCUCAGGUGGAUAAGCUGUACGCCGGGCUGAAGGACCUGGCCGAGGAGAGGAGGGGGAAACUGCAGGAGCGACUGCGUCUCACACAGCUGAAGCGAGAGGUGGACGAUCUGGAGCAGUGGAUCGCCGAGAGGGAGGUGGUCGCCGGCUCGCACGAGCUCGGCCAGGACUACGAGCACGUCACUAUGCUGCGGGAUCGUUUCCGGGAGUUUGCGCGGGACACGAGUGCGAUCGGACAGGAGCGCGUGGACGCAGUGAACGCCCAGGCAGACGCUCUGAUCGAGUCAGGCCACCCAGAGAACGCCAGCGUGGCCGAGUGGAAGGACGGCCUGAACGAGGCCUGGGCCGACCUGCUGGAGCUCAUGGACACGCGCACGCAGAUGCUGGCUGCUUCGUACGAGCUGCAACGCUUCCAGCAGGACGCUCGCGAGGCGCUGGCACGCGUCCGCAACAAGAGGGAGGCGCUGAACUCGGCCGAGCUGGGCCGCGACCUCAACACCGUGCAGCACCUCCACCGGCAGCACACGGCCUACGAGCACGACGUGCAUGCGCUCAGCGGACAGGUGACACAGGUGCAGGACGACGCGGCACGUCUGCAGAAAGCGUACGCAGGAGAGAAGGCAGACGACAUCCAUCGGCACGAGCGUGCCGUCACCGAGGCGUGGGAGGGGCUUCUGUCUGCCACUCAAGCCAGACGGCUGCUGCUAUUGGACACGGUGGAGAAGUUCCGCUUCUUUAACAUGGUCCGAGAUCUGAUGCUGUGGAUGGACGGCAUUAACUUACAGAUCCAGUCUCACGACAGCCCCAGGGAUGUGUCCUCAGCUGGGCUCGUCAUUGCGAACCACCAGGACAUUAAAGCAGAGAUCGAGGCCCGAUCCGGCAGCUUCACCGCCUGCACCGACAUGGGACACGCCCUCAUCAACAACAACCACUAUGCUUCAGACGAGAUCCGGGAGAAACUGCAGCAGCUUCAGGAGAAGAGAGACGAAAUCAACCAGAAGUGGCAGGACAAAAUGGACCACCUGCAGAUUGUCCUGGAGGUGCUGCAGUUCAGCAGGGACGCCUCCGUGGCUGAGUCGUGGUUAGCGGGUCAGGAGCCGCUGGUGCGCGCGGCCGAGCUCGGCUCCAACGUGGACGAGGUGGAGAGCCUCAUCAAACGACACGAAGCCUUCGAGAAGCUCGCUGCUGGCUGGGAGGAGCGGUUCAUUCAGCUCGAGAAGCUCACCACGCUCGAGGAACAGGAGAUUCAGAGAAGGAAGGAAGAAGAGGAGAGAGCGCGGAGACCUCCGACGCCUCCCCCCGCAGAGGAAGUGGUACAGUCCGAGACUGAAUACGAGUCUGGAGCAAGGACGAGUUUGGACCAGACCACACUGAACCAGUCAGUGUCUGUCAAUGGAGUCCACAGUGACCAGGACACGUCACAGUCCUUAUCGGUCUCGGUAUCUGAACUCCCGAAUGCGGAACCUAAACCUCUUACAAAACCGGACUCUAAACCGGUCUCUAAGCCUGUGCCCAAACCCUACAAGGCACAGCAGCGUGGCUCGGAGGCGGAUUCGGUGAACGGACCCGGCCAGGACAGCGGGUUGGACACGGCGUCACGCCACGAGCCGUCGGGCACGCUGCCCAGCCGAGUGGACGCGCCCGCUGAGGCCAUGGAGGGAAUGCUGUGCAGGAAACAGGAAAUGGAGAGCCAGGGCAAGAAAGCAGCCAACAGAUCCUGGCAGAACGUGUACUGCGUGCUGAGGAAGGGAAGUCUGGGCUUCUAUAAGGACAAUAAGAGCGCGUCUAACGGCAUCCCCUACCACGGAGAAGUUCCCAUCAGCCUCGGCGAGGCCACCUGCGAAGUCGCCCAUGACUACAAGAAGAGGAAACACGUCUUCAAACUGAAGCUGGGAGAUGGAAAGGAGUUCCUGUUCCAAGCCAAGGACGAGGCUGAGAUGAGUUCCUGGAUUCGGGCGAUCCACUCCUCCAUGCUGGCGAGCAACGCUGACGAUCUUUCUCCGGCGCCGCCUCUGACGCGGGCCAUGACGAUGCCCCCGAUGUCCCCGAUGUCCCCCAGCGAGGGCGAGAGCGGAGGCGUGACCAUGCGCAACAAAGAGGGCAAGGAGAAAGACCGAGAGAAACGCUUCAGCUUCUUCGGCAAGAAGAAGUAAAGAGGAAAAGGAAAGGAGGGAAAAGUGCCGUCAAAAGCGCGAACUGUCUGAGACGAGAGGAGGAUGGCGCCCUCUACUGUCACAUAGCUAUACAUCUUUUACUUUCUCUAUCACUGUCUCUAGCUGUCUCUCUCACUGCCAUCCUUCUGUAAUGUAGCCCCGCCUCCCGAAGGACCAGGGCUCGUCUGUGUCCGUCAUCAGUGACACCUCUGUUGAUUGGACGGUUGAUUGGGUGGCUUUAUUUUAACACUCUGUCCUGGAGUUUCAGGGCUAGCAGCCUUUCCCAUGAUGCAACGCUUCCAACGUUUCCUUCAUUCAUCCUUUACAUUCAUUUUAUUUGACGUUGUGAAGGACCAGAAUCACCUUUUUCUUUUUUUUUUUUUCUUUCUUGUUUUUAAAGUACGGAUGUUCAUGUUCCUAGUUAAUAUAUCUGAUUGUUGUUAUUUAACUAUUUGCCAUUGCGAUUUGUGACGAGUAAUAUUAAAAAAAAAAGAGAGAGAGAGAGAAAGUGUAGCAAGCAAGCGACUUCAGUUUUAGAGAGAGAACACAAAAACCUCCUCCAUUUCCACACACGCGUCUAGAACCCGAGGAUGAAGAGCUCUAGAGCAGAACCCGGGUUCUAGAUUUCUACAAGCGACAGCACAUGAGGUUUCACCUUUUUUUUUUUUUUCUCAUUUGAAAAUAGUUCAAUUUUAGAUUUUGUUCUUUCUUUCCUGAAGUGUGCAGGGGAUAACCAUUAAAAACAUAAUACUAAAAAGUCUGGAAAGUUCUGUUUAAGUUGGGAUUUAGUUUCCAUCCCUAACAGUUUGACAUUGUUGAGAUUCUUUCUCAGCCCGAGGUGACUUUUAUUUUUAUUUAUUUAUUUUUUUUGAGGUGUUUUGCUGCACAACAGACUUCAUCUUUAUUCCUCUUAUUCAGAUCAUACACUCGCACUAAAACGCAAAAGGAUCAUAGGAAGGGAUUUUUUUUUUUUCCCCCUUUUCCUUAACUUUUUUCCUCCGAUUCUGUUAUGUAUUCUUUGCGUGAUUUAGGGCAUUCUGGAAAAAUCACAUCGCUGUAUAAUAUUUGUGAAACGAAACACUGGACGAGAAACGAAACUACUGUCCGUUUUUUUCCCCCCUAAUGUGGACCAAAUCUACAUUUCUCACCCCCUGUUCAUCAAUCAAUACGCCAUGCUUAUUAUUGAUAAAUCACUAAUCGAUGCUUUAAACGUGGGAGCAGAAAAAGGGGCGUGGCUUAAUUAACUGAUAUUAUUUUCGAUGCUAUUUUUGCAUUUGUACACAAGAGAGCAUGGUGUGUGUUCGUUUUGCAUUUAUCCGGUGUAGCAUGAACACAGUAUUUUUGUAGGCAGAGGCGGUUUGUGCGUUGGCCUCGUCCUAACCGCCGCUAGCGAGCUUGCCUUGACGUGUUUGUGACGUUAGGUUUAAGAAGUGGCCGUGAAGAAAAAAAAAAAAAAAGUGUCAUUAUAUUUUGUCGAUGUACGAUGAAGCCCCUUCCUCUGAGGGGAGCGGAGUAUCAGAGUGAGAACCCGGAACUCGUAGUGGCACUUUGGAGCGGUGCGCAGGAAGACACACUGAAAGUAAACGACUGUUUGGGGUUUUUUUUCUUCUUAAUUUCAGUCAUUUUUACGUUAAAUCAACACUCACCGGCUACAGCGAGGAAUAAAACUAAGCCGCACACUCGAGUCACAAGUAUAUAUGCAAAAAAACCCAAAAAAACAAAAAAGGCAUGUGCUGAUAAUCAGUUAUGCAAUAUAUCGUAAUGUUCAGCACACAAUACUGUUAUCGUAGGCGCUUCAAAAUGUUACAUUUGAGUUUUUUAGGGCAGCAUUUGUGCACAAUUUCUACAGCUAGAACUGGAACCGGUGUGAAAAAAAAAAAAAAAAAAAAAGAGUGGGGCAGAUCGAGUGAUACUAAACUUCAAUAUCAGCACAUGCCUAAAGCACACACUGAUCUGAUUCUCACCUCCGAAGGUUCAGCCGGUCGGCCUGCUCUGAUUGGUCAUCAUCCGGUUCAAUGAUUCAGGUUUGCUCACGUCAGCCAAUCAGCUUCCAGAUGACUGACUCUUUGCAUAAGUAGCUGAAACCUGGUAGCGCACUUCCAUUACGUAUUCGCGAGCUGAAUUCACCGCUCUGUCCACUCGCUGUGCUAAUACGAACGGAAAUACGCAGAUUUCCAAAUUUUAAUGAUUUUUUUUACUUUUUGCACCAUCUCAAUCUGAAUUUGUACCUCAGAUUUCCCCUCAGGAGUCCUGCUGGACAAAGCAAACAGCCAAGACAUUUGGUGUGGUGUCCAAAGUUCAGGUGGAGAACGAGUUAAUGGAGGUCAGCUUCACCCAAAAUGUCACCUAAACAUCAAAACAAAACAAAAAAGUGAGCAUCACGCACCAAGCAUCCUUACCUGACUGACUACUACUGGAGUGCAAGGGAAAUUUUUAAGGGUACAUUUUACUUUUUUUUUGCCAAACUAUACCUUUAAAUUGGCCCAAAAUAAGACUCUUAACGUAAAAUGUCUUGUGUGUGUGUCGUCACUGUGUGCACGAGGUCAUUUUAAAAAGCAAAUAAGUAAAUGAUAAGAGUUAUAAUUUUAGUACGUCCUUAAAAGGGCUGCGGUUAAUUUGAGUGAGCUUAAAAAACGAGGGAAAGUUUUUUAAAAAAACAAAACAAAAAACUUGCAAAUUUUAGCUCCUGAGUAUCGAGCAAAAUGAGAGCUCAUUUGUGUGUGUUUAUUUUUAACUGUGUCCCCACAUCAACAUGUCAUUCGACUAUUUCUGUCUUCGAAUGGAAUUGAGUUGUUAAUACGGUUAUUAUAUUAUUAUUAUUAUUAUUAAUACAAACUCUUCUGAUGACUUACUAUUGCUACUGUUAUUACUAUUAGGACUGCGGCUCCUGUAUUACUGCAUUACUGCUGUUCCUGCUGUCGAGUUUGAGGUUCUCUCGUGUGUAACACCGAGCCCUGCCACAAGGGGGCCACAGUGUGCCGUGCAGCAUUUUACUUUCACGAUCCUGGGGAAGGGAGGGGAGGCGCGGGAGGGAGGGACAAAGAAAGACUUGUUUGUUGACUUGUGUAUCUA